AUAUCUGGCUACGGGCUCAUCCUUUCGGAGUAUUGGAUUUUCUUUCCGAAUGGCUAAUAAUACAGUUGCCGGUAUUGUACACGAAACAUGCAGGGCGAUAUGGGAAAAUCUUGGAGAAAUCCACACGAAAUUUCCAUCGAAUGAGGAAGCAAUUCAAAUUACAGAUAACUUUUGGAAGCGGUGGAAGUUCCCAAAUUGUAUAGGAUGCAUUGAUGGGAAACAUAUCCAUAUCAAAGCCCCUGCAAACUCUGGCAACAUGUUCUACAAUUAUAAGAAUUUUUUUUCAAUCGUCCUACAAGGUAUUGCUGGCCCAGACUAUAGAUUUAUUGCAAUAGAAGUUGGGGCUUGUGGCAAAGAAAGCGAUGGUGGGAUAUUUUCGAAUUCACAUUUAUCGAAGCGGUAA